CUUGAUGUCAUGAGUUGCGGUUCUUCGUUCCGAAAAAAAUAACACAGAUAAUUUAUAAUUUUCGUACAACAGUGGAAGACCAGUAGUCCUAAAUAUCACUACAUGUAAACUGAAAUAUCAAGGAUUUGAAUCUUGUUGAAUGAAAGGCGCUCAGAGUAUUACACCAUCUUUGCGAAUCGCACAUUUAAUUUGUAAGAAGCGAGUUUCAAACGCUGAUGAAACUCGUUGAGGAUUUACAGCAUAUUAUAUAGCAAGAUCGAAGGUCAGUUCUUCGGAAAAACACACAGCACUAGACAAUUGGUAGGUAAUUUUAUUUAAUACGAGCUUUUAAAAACUAUCUCUCUCUCAAGCGUUCGUUUAAAAGUCUUUCAGUCGACUUUGUCCUGUUGAUUGAGGGAACUGUUUUAAGCAAACGAAGCGAAACACGUCCUGCUUGAUUUCACCCAGACAGAACGCCGGUUAAACACCUCCGUUACGAAAUAAUUCAAAGGUUUCAAUUUCCUUCCCGAUUAGUAAAAAUCUACAGUUCUUCUAAAAACCAAUUCGAAUGAACCCGACACAGUUCAUUCAAAUUCAGUAUGUUUAAUUCCACUUGCAGCAUUUUAUAUCGACCAUAAAUUAGAUAGAAAUCGAGCAGGAAUUUUAACUCGUUAGCGAUUUCACUGCCGCAGUAAUUUUUAAUUUUGUAACAACGGACUCGAGAGUUUCUUCAGUCUAAUAUUAAAGGAGAUCAAAAUAAAGGAUGAAAAUAAGGGAAUUGAAGGUUCUCUUUUACACGGCCGGCGUCCCACAACUAUUGAUAAAACAUCAUAACAAAUAAAAAUUAUAAUCAGUUAUCAUGUUAAGAUUGUCCGAAACAAAUGCAAACUUCCGGUUUUUACUGACUCGAUGUUGAUCGAAAUAAGGAAAACUAGCUAUUAUGUGAAUAAUAAAUUAUGAUGUUUUUGACUAAUUCGGGCAUAUGAUAUCCUGUUAAGAAAAGUUUGUAUACGUAGCAGUUACAGGCAGUGGCAUGGAAAUUCCUUGGUUGUAAGCUUCUGAGACGGCCGGGUCAAGGGUCGAAAUUGCAAUUUUAUCAGUUAUCGCACGAAUUUAGUUAUAUUUAUUGUUGGAUGACCGUCGAUCGUGUUUAAAGUUUAUUUUGUAAUAGGAGGACAACAUCAGGCAUUUUUAUGGAAAACUCGUUUUCUUCUCUAAGUUAUGUUCAACCCAUCCAUCCAUCCAUCCAUUCGUGAUUCAACCACGUACAGUUUCAAUUAAUCAAUUAAUUAACCAAUCAAUCAAUCAAUCAAAUAACCAGCCAAUUUAUCAGUUAGCUUAAUCAGGAAUAUACCCAGCAGUUAAUUGACUAAUUAAUCCUUCAAUCAAUCAAAAAAUUGUGCAAUCCAUCCGUUGUCAUUGAAUAAGUAAAUUAAAAAUCAAAUUAAAACAAAUGAUAUAAUUUGUUUGAAUUGACGGACAAUGAUUUUUUUAAACCGUGGCAAAAAGGCUCUUCGACUCAGUUUUCAACAACAUUUUUGUCGCUUGCGAUGUGAACCUGGAGAGAAGCCGUUUCCACGAUAAAAAGAUAAAAAAAGAUAAAUUUUUCUUUAUUUUACGACAUAGGCAUUGAAACAUGAACGAGAGUAGUGCACCCACCGUCUCUGCUAAAUCUUCCAUCUGGCUAUGGUUGUUCCGCCCAUUUUCCAUCAUAAUCACCUGUGCGGGCCUGGUGAUGUUUGUUGCGGGAAUCACCUCAUUUUCAAUUCAAGGAGAUGCCAGUGGACACCGGAUCCUUCUGACUCCCGUUGGAGGCUUCUUGUUAAGUUUUGGCGUGUUGCUGGCUAUCGGCAUACAAUGUCGGGUUCGAUUGAGGGAAAGAGAACGGCAAGAAGAAUUGCGUCCUAACAGCGAUAUAGUAGAUCUGACAUCGGAGUUUGCCUCCGCUAACAUUUCCACGGAAGCAACUUCACCGGCUAUGUGGCGUCACUCACCGGCAAUGCUCCCAACAUGCCCUGGUCCUCUCCGAAACGAAGACAUUCCCAGCGCAAGGUCCAUUUCCCCAUUAGUGAUUGAUAUGACUUGUUUGGUAAAUAUCGAUGAAGUUUUGUUAUCAUUGGAGAAUCCAGAGGCAUUUGAGGUCCCCCCGUCUUACGAGGAAGCGAUGUCUUUGGCUUGACAUCGUUGCCACCCUGACUUAGUCUCCACUUGCAGGGGAUGGACGUGUUAGCCUGUUGUAAAUUAAAGCUUACUGCAUAAAAUGUACACUGAGAUGUUUUUAAUCUUCUUUGUCAGGGGCGUUACUAGGGGGGGGGGGAAGUCCAGAGGUGCCGGUUUACCCCUCCCUCGUUGGUGAGAUGACUUUGUAUGACGUCAACAACAUUCUUACUUUACAAUUCAGGUUGGCGAGAACGUUCGAAUCCAAAGACGCAUAAGUUAGAGCAGCGGUACGUAGCCACUUCACGUGAGAGGCGCCAAAAUUCGUAACUGUGACUCCUUCCUUUCAAAGCCUCUAGCUACGCCCCUGUAAGUUCCACUAAUUUAAUUUUAUCUUCGCCUCACGUACGUAGUUCUUGGCGAGUAAUCGCAUGUUUGCAUGAUAUAAGGGGUUGGUUCGCCCUGCAUCUAACUUCCCAUUGUUUUUAUUCUUAUGUAAGAAGUAUUAUUCCAAAUAUAAAUCAUUGUUCCUUACAAACAACAACGAAAAGGAUAAAGCUGUACGAAUAUACCAGGAUGUUAUCAUAUUUCUUAAGCGAUUGAAAUCUUAGUACAAUGUGAACAGCCGAAGAGAGAGAAUGAGCUGCUGGGAUAAAUUGUAACAGUUUAUGGAAUGAUUAUGAAAUUAUUUUGAUAUCAUAAUAACAGCUGCACUUAAGAGGAAGAAAAACAAAAAAUUUACUUUGCACCAGAAAGGUGCAUUGCCGUCUGUGAAUCCUGUACAUAACGUACUCGAUGCCUUUAGCAGAGCAUUUCAUUAGUAAAGAAAUUUAAAAUUUUCAUGCGGAUGUUAGAUUUAGGAAUAGUCCACUUACGAAUUCUAAAAACCUUUACUUUCGAAAUGAGGCCAAGAGUUAAACAUUUAUUGCGAAAAUAAGCGAUAUUUGCAAGAGCAUGAAACUCUUUUUCGUAUCGAAGCUUUUGUUUCUUCCCCCGUUUUGAAACAGAGAUUUCAUGCACUUCGGAAAUUGCUUCUUUUACAAGUAUGGUAUCUACGUCUUGCGUACCUAUAACUGUAGCGCGCAUUUGCAAGAACGUGCUUGACGGCAUUGCGAAAGCCAGCAUCGCGCUAUUUCAGAAUCUCGUUUACAUUCAGUCGCCGGGAAUUCAAAGAUAGCAUGAUAUUAAACCAGUUAAAAAUUUCAAUGAUUUUCUUACAAAGAUAUUUGAAAAUAAGUAGUUUGGAAAUCGAUGAAGGAAAGUGAGGCACAAUCACAAGCCUGAACACUUGGCUUCGAUGUCUUCCAGUUUUGCCCCGAAAUAAUGGCUUUCAAUAGCUGAAAGAGAAUACUGUCAAACUUGAUAUCGACCAUAUAGCUCCACGAGGAUGAAAGUGUAGCUUCUCUACGCAAUUUCAAAACAUUAUUCAUUCAACAAGUGAUAA